CGCCACAUCUAUUCAAAUAUCGCAUGGCUACCAAAGCUGCAUAUAAAAGAUUGACCAAGGAAUAUGCAGCUCUGCAAAAGAACCCACCACCAUAUUUGAUGGCCAAGCCUCUGGAAAAUAAUAUUCUAGAGUGGCAUUACGUCCUUCGCGGACCACCAGAUACACCUUAUCAUAAUGGAGAAUAUCAUGGUGUUCUGAUAUUUCCCGCUGAGUAUCCUUUUAAGCCUCCAUCUAUUCGCAUGACAACUCCUUCGGGACGAUUCCAACCAGAUACUAGGUUGUGUUUGUCCAUGUCGGAUUUUCAUCCGAGCACCUGGAACCCUAGUUGGAGUGUCGCCACAAUUUUGACCGGAUUAUUGAGUUUCAUGACAAGUAAUGAAGCUACCACGGGGAGCAUUAAGACAACAGAUUCUGAUAAAAGGAUAUAUGCUGCGCGAUCGCAUCAAUUCAACCUGAAUGAUCCAAAAUUUAAGGCGUUUGGAUUUAUUUCAGAAAUUUUUACGGAGCUUUGUACUCCAGAAGCAGUGCCCGUUGAAAUUCUUUAUCCCAUCAACAAGCCAUCAUCCAGUAGUACACCUGUAACAGCUUCCACUGGAGGCACACAACCGGUUAAUCUCGAUUCUCAAGCUCCGCAACGAAAUGACGCUGGCGCGGCUAACCCGCAACCGGCCGCGAGAAACGUGCUUAUGCAACGUAGACCCCCAAAUCGUGUCGAUAACCACGUGAUUCGGGGCAUUGCCACACAUGCGGAACGUGCCAAUAACAGUACAGUUAGAAAUAGUGCCAACACCACUAUUCCACAGAUCAACAACACUAACAACAAUAAUAAUAACGUGGUUGUUCAACGACGACUUUUAGACCAAUGGCGGAAAUGGAUAAUAUUGUCGUUGGUGUGCCUCUAUCUUGUGAUAACAAAAUUACUUGCGCGAAGUUCUGAAGCUGUUUCAGGUAGUCCUGAUAGUGGGGCACCUCGGAUGUGA